GCUACUUUCGGGCAUCUGUAAGGUGGUGGUACGCUGGUAGAGGGUAAGAUAAGUGCUGGCGGCAUACUGGUAGGGGGUAAGAUAAGUGUCAGUCUAUUUUCAUUCUGUAAGCUUUGCUGUAAUGGGAUUCUGGAAGCAAUGAGAAAUAGUCCGGAGGGGGGAGGGAGGAACUAUUUUGUAGCAGUUGACAUCAGGUGCCUGGUACAGGGUGAAGAGGUGGUUCGGUGGGGAAGGUCCGUUUAUGCCAACAUUCAGAAGUUCAUCCAGUUUCAACUUACUGUCAAUGUGGUGGCUCUGACUCUCAACUUUAUUGCAGCUUUAGGGGGAACGGAAAUUCCCCUCACCACUGUGCAGCUCCUCUGGGUGAAUUUAAUCAUGGACGCGUUUGGCGCCUUGGCGCUGGCAACGGAGCCACCUCAUGACAAGCUUCUUCAGAGACGCCCUGUUGGCCGAACGGAACCUUUGAUAACCAACAAGAUGUGGCACAACAUUCUGGGGCAGGCCCUGGAGGACCGAUUUGCAGACAAGGAGCGGGCCCGCAAGGCCGCUGACAGGAUUGCUCGCCUGGGACAGCAGCUGUACAACGGGACUUUGCAGGCCUUGUUUGCUGAGUUUGAGCAACUCAUCUCCACCCCUGGGUUGGUCAUGAGCCCUGACGAUUUGCUGACCAACUUUUGUAGGGCAGCGCCUGAGAAGUUUGUUGUUGCUCUUUACAGCGCUGGGCACAACGACUGGAGGUCCUUUGGCCGUGCAGCCCUGGAAAUGGAGGCAAAGCUCCAUGUCCAGGCCCCAUCCUCUGACAGGAGGAAAGGUGYCUUCCCUCGAGGUGGUAGAAAGGGAAAGGCAGCCUUCACGCAUGCAGGGUCUGCCUCAGGAUCAGACUCAGAUUCCCAGGCUGAUACACCUUCAGCUGGGACUGGAUCUGCUGUUGAGACAGAUGUUGCAGCAGCCGUGACUCAUGCCGUUUUGGGAGCCCUGCAGCUGCAGAAAAAGUUCUCUCCCACCACAGCCUCAGCCAGUGCCAAGGGGAAGGAAAAGGGAUGUGACAAUGUGAGUUUGGGGACUGCGCGGGCAGCAUCCUUCUGCUAUGAGGAUCCUGACCCGGAUCAGGACCCGGGCCUGGAUGAGCUCCAGUCUAUUGCUGCCUUCUUCCUUCAUCUGAAGGAACAGAAGAAGAGCAAGACUGAUCUCAUCAUGCUCCGGCCAUUGAUCAACAGCACCAGGAUCACUGGGUUGUUGGACUGUGGGGCCACCAGGAACUUCAUGUCUCCCAGUGCAGUUAAAAAGCUGCAUCUGGGCAUGAAAGUUCAGCAGCUGCAGCAACUGCUGCUGGUGCGGAUUGGUGACUCUACAGUACUCAGCAUCAGAGGGAAGGUCAAGGGUAUCCUUGUGACCUUCGAUACUAAAGGAAAAGUCAGACACAGUCUGGACUUUUAUAUCUUCUAUGAGCUCCCCUUUGAUUUGGUGUUCUCCAUGCAGUGGUUGAGGGCAGUCAACCCUAGGAUCGACUGGCAGAUCCCUAGAGUUGAACUACCGGACAGCCAGGGUGUGUAUCAGCCAUGCAUGAUCGCUGCUGAUCAUCACCCUAAGACCUCCUGCUACUGCCUGAGAGCGAGGGAGUUCCAUGCUCUCUCUCGCCAGUACCACCAUGAGCGUCUGUUUAUUGCUCUGGUCAAGCAGACAGAUGCUCCCCCUGUUUCCUGUCCUCUUGAGAUACAGCAGGGGGUAGACCAGUAUGCUGAUCUGAUGCAGGAGCCCUUUGGGUUACCCAACCGGCCAACCAGACAUCACAUCAAGCUGCUGCCUGGAGCGGUCCCUCCCAAGGGCCGCAUUUACAGGAUGUCCCCUGCUGAGCUUGAGGAGCUCAGAAAGCAGCUUGAGACCCUGACCAGCGAAGGCUGGAUCAGACCCAGCACAUCUGAAUUUGGGGCACCUGUUCUCUUUGUACCCAAAGGGAACGGCGAGUUCAGGAUGUGCAUUGAUUACAGGGGUCUCAAUAAGAUCACUAGGAAGAGUACUGAGCCACUUCCUAGGAUCGAUGACCUCCUGGACAUGGUGCAGGGCUGCACAGUGUUCAGCAAAGUCGACCUCAAAUCUGGCUACCACCAGAUUGAGAUGGCAAAGGAGGAUGUCUACAAGACAGCCUUCAAGACCAGGUAUGGGACGUACGAGUUCCUGGUCAUGCCAUUUGGACUUUGCAACGCCCCAGGCACUUUCCAGACAGAGAUGCACCGCAUCUUCAGGCCUUACCUGGACAAGUUUAUGGUUGUCUACCUGAAUGAUAUCCUGGUAUUCAGCAAAACUGCCAGGGAACAUGCGGAGCACUUGGCUCUAGUUCUUCAGUCAUUACGCGACAGCCAGUACAAGAUUAACAGAGAGAAGUCCUCUUUUGGAGUUCCCUCUGUCAUCUACCUGGGUCAUGUAAUCUCUGGAGAUGGCCUGGCUCCUGAAGCAGCCAAGAUUGCUGCUAUUCAGGAGUGGCCUCAGCCACAGACAGUGAGGGAUGUCAGGUCCUUCAUGGGUCUAGCCUCAUACUACAGAAAGUUUGUCAGGAACUUUUCUGCAGUGGCUGCACCCCUGACCAACCUAACAAAGAAAGAUACUCCCUUUCUUUGGUCCCUUCCCUGUCAGUUGGCCUUCACAUGACUCAAGAAGGCUUUGACUCGUGCGCCUGUGCUGAAGUUACCUGACCCCACUUUGCCAUUCAUCG